AGACGGUUUUAGCCGCCUCAGGGAGAGUUCAAUUUCUCUCUACACUUACUCAAACACUCAAUAUUUUUUUCAGUUUUAAUACAGGCGCAUUGUUUUGCAUUUACAACUCUAAUAGUUUAACUUUUUUCUUAAAUAAACACCUCGAUUUUGUGUACUUUUUAAAAGUUUUUUUUAAGUUGACUUUUCACCUAUUUCAAACUUUUGCGCCAUGGCUUCAAGCAGUGUAACACUAGAAAUAACCAACAACGAGCUGGUCCACAUCCUCAGGACCCCACGGGAUCAGUACACCUCCAGUGGGUGCGUGGUGCUGGACUGCAGACCUUUCCUCGACUUCUCCACGACGCACAUUUGCGAGUCCCGAAACGUCAACUGGAACUCGAUGCUGCGCCGCAGGUCCAAGAGCUCGGUGGUGGCCCUGGAGUGGCUCAUCCCGGACAAGGCGCUCCUGGGCCGGCUGCGGCGCGGAGAGUUCUCCCCGCUGGUGGUGGUGGAUGAGAGGAGCGGCUCGUUGGCCGAGCUGAAGUCUGAGAGUGUGGCCCAGAUGUUGCUCACCGCCCUGCAGAACGAAGUCCAGACGCAAAUCUGCUUUCUGCAAGGUGGAUUUGAGGCAUUUUCAGAGGCCUUUCCAGAUCUUUGUUACCACUCUGGUGUAAACCCCCUCCAUUCAGUGGAACCAGAGCCAAUAGUGACAGGCCGGAGGACUCCAGCAUAUGAUCAGGAUGGUCCGGUGGAGCUGCUUCCCUUCCUGUUCCUGGGCAGUGCCAUCCACUCGUCCCGCAGAGAGACGCUGGCAGCAGCAGGCAUCACAGCUGUCCUCAACGUAUCCUCUACCUGCCCAAACUUCUACGAAGGAGAGCUUCAGUACCUGCGACUCACUGUGGAGGACACGCUGGUAGCUGACAUCAGAGCCUGCUUUCACACAGCCAUCUCGUUCAUCGACUCUGUGAAAAAAAGCGGUGGUCGGGUGCUGGUUCACUGUCAGGCAGGCAUCUCCCGCUCAGCCACCAUCUGUCUGGCCUACCUCAUGCACACGCAGCGCGUCCGCCUCGACGAGGCCUUCGACUUUGUCAAGCAGCGCCGCCACGUCAUCUCCCCCAAUCUGGCUUUCAUGGGACAGUUGCUGCAGUUCGAGACCGACAUCCUCUGUCAGGGAUGAGACGAGUGAUGUCUUCAGCUCAGAUUCUUAUCAGGACUCAACAAAUGAUUCGUUUUUUGCAGAAAAUGGUGCAUUUAACAAGGACUCGGAGAAAAGCUACUUGUGUUGCUGGCAUCACAUGACUGGAUUUCUGUUUAAAGCAGAAACUGACAAAUGUAUUACUGGUUAAACAAACUGUUGCAGUUUAGAAACCUGCUGAAGUAUUGAACUUGAAAAUGACUAGAGUCCAGAGGUAGCAGGUUGGAGCAGCUACUUUGUACUUUCCCAUAAGUUUUACCGGUGAGGGAAGUUGUUCCUGCUUUUCUGGUAGUUUUUGUUGUGUGUGUUAAUUUAAGACUGACGUGCCUGUUUAUUUGAAAGGUCUGUUUUUGCUUUCAUACUGAAGCCACUGUGAUAACUUUCAGACAGCACUGUGUUAGCUACGUAAAGCAAUAGUGAACAAUUCUAAGAUUUCUUCCAUUGAAGUUAUGAAAAUGCACUAACUACAGCCUGUUUUAUGAGACACAUAUAUUGGCUGGCAGCAGUUUUUUUUUUUUUUUUUUUUUUUUUUCAUUAUGUAAAUAGUUUUUAAUUAUUUAAGGUUUGCAACGACUGUGUUACAGUUUUUGAUGCGUGUUAUUGCACUUUUAUCCUGCAAAUUUCAAUCUAUUCUAGUUUUUUUUCCACUCGAAUAAAAACUUGCAGGAAAACACA